CCAAGACACUCAUAGAGGAGAGAAAAGAUCUGGAAAUACUCCAUUCUCAUCCACCAUACAUGCACCAAGAGCAAGGGAGGAAGAAGGAAGGAAAAGAGAAGAGAAAAGAGGAGUUUAGGUGCGAAAACUUGUGAUUAAUAAGGUAUUUCAAGAACUUUCACGGGGUUGAAAGGGGCGCCGGAGUUGUCGCCGGAGUUGGUUGAAGUUCACCGGAGUUUCACCGGAGCUCAAUAAGGGAGGCUAGAACUUCAUAAGCUUCUUUAAGGUUGAGGCUAGAGUCCUACUACCUGCACCUUCGCCAAGGGUGAUUGAUCAAAGAGGAAGACGUGAAAUGGAGGGUAGACACAUGGCUACGAGGAACAACCCGAGAGGGCAAACUCAGGCGACGUCCGUAGGGGCCAGCCAGGUUGCAUCUCGGGGUGCGAGAGGCGGUAGGAGAGGCCGUGGAGGCCGUGGAGGCCGUGGAAGCCGUGGAGGUCAUCAGGCUCAAACCGUGAGCGAUGGCCAUGUUAGCUCGGUGCAUGGGACUCACACCGAGGAUUAUGACUCAACAUAUGUUCCCGAGACGGAACAUGAGGAGACCCCAUAUGAUGGGGGUGAUACGUACACUGAUGAUGACAAUGAUGAGAGUGAUG